AUGCCGUCUGUACCAGCUUCUCGUAACCACAUCACCAUGCAUUCAGGACUAUUGAUCGUGGUACUCGCUACGGCAGUUACUGCUUCUGUAGCCCAAUAUUAUUGUAAGGAGAUUUCAUGGGGAACUAAGGAAGGACAGGCGAUUGAGGAGCAAACGGUAUAUUUAUCGGCUGCGAUCCGCAUGUGGGAAGUAGAAAUACCGAUGGUGCCUCCAUGUUCACAAGUCUAUGGUGUUUCUUCUAUUGUGUGCGACCAUGACGUUGCACCAGAUGGUCAUUACAAAAAUCAGAACCAUUUAAUAGUAAAUCGCAAAGGAGACUUGCUGGCCCAAGCAUCUGCCAAGGCUACGGUAUACUGUGACCAGUGA